UUGCUUGGUUUCCCCUCUGUCCUCCAAACAAUCCCAACUCCAUUUUGUUCUACUUUUCCCUCUCAGAGCCAGCCAGCCCCGAAGCCCCGCCCACUGGAGCCUCGUUAAUGCUUUUUAGGAGCUGGAUUUUCCCGCCUUUUUUAACGACUUGGAGUGGUAGGCAAUAGGGUGCCCUGCAGAUAUAUUUGAGUACAGCUCCCCUAAUCCUUGAUCAUAGGAUACAUCGGUUGUAAUUUGUAGCAUUGCAGCCCCAAACAUGGAGAAGGCACUUUUUUUGGCCUAUUUUUGGACUACUCUGUGAUCUUCUAUGAAUCUGAAUGGGACAUCUGCCUUACCUCUCCCUCUUGCAAAAUGGAUUGGUUUCAUUGCAACCAUUGCUUUAGUCAGGAAACAUCUGACUUUUGUGUCACCAGCUGUGGACACAUAUUUUGCAAGAAUUGUGCUGGUACAGAUAAAUGCCCGUCUUGUGGAACAAGCUGCAAAUAUUUGUUUCUCAAUGAUAAUAUGAAACCAGAAGAAAAAAAGUUUUUCAAAAAUCCUGUUGAAACUGCUCUCAAAUAUUUUGCCCACAUCUCUCAAGUGUGGAUGUUCCAGAAAGGUCAGAUGGAACUGCUGGUUUCUUUCUAUGAACAUAAAGCUGCAAAAACUAAUGGAGCCCUGCAACAAGCUCUCCAAAAACUAACUAUCCAGGAAAAGGAGCUGGAGGCAAUGCAGAAAGAGAACAAGGAAUUGAGGACGAAGUACCUCAACUUGAAAGAUUUUCCAAGACAGCAUGAAGGUAGCAGAAAUAGCACCCCACGACCAGUUGCCAUCACACCCCCAUCACAAAGAGUUACACCACGGCCUAUUUUUCAGCGCUCCAGUGCGGUUGUUAGCCGCUGCUCUUCCAUGGAGUCCAUCUCUUCCAGAGGCAGCCACCCACACAGCUGGCAUCAUGCCUCAGGAGCUUCAAGGAUGACCCCAGCUGAUUCUACUAAUGCUACUCCCUCUCCAGCUUCUACUCAAAGUUUAUUCUACAGGGCCUCUCCUUCCCACAGCUUGAGUAUCUUUAAUCUACAAGGGCCUGUGAGGAGGCGAAGUCAGAGUGUUCCCAAUACUGGGCAGCAGCAGGAAACCCCAUACUUAAGUCUCAACAUCUUCCCUGAUCAGAGAGAGGGAAUAUCUGUGCCAGAACGCCAGGAUACCGAGAGGAUGCAACCAAUACAGCUGAUGUUCACCCCUCACUCAACACCAUCAUUUAACAGAAGGUAUUCAUCUAUCAGCCAAACCCAUCAACAAUAAUGGGGAGGACCAAAAUUACUCUGCUCUUAAUCAGCACAACUAUGGACAAGGUUUUGAUUGUGUACAUUCUCUCUGCUUUGGACACUGAUUGAAAAAGUCAUU